AUGGCAUCUACCGAUAUUGUUACAAGGGAGCUGAAGAAUCCCAUGGACGUGGCCGAAUAUCUCUUCAGACGUCUGCACGAGGUCGGCAUCCGUGCCGUCCACGGCGUACCCGGCGACUACAACCUCUCUGCCUUGGAUUACCUUCCGAAGUGCGGCCUGAACUGGGUGGGCAACUGCAAUGAGCUCAACGCAGGUUAUGCGGCCGAUGGCUACGCCCGUGUAAAUGGAAUUGGCGCUUUAAUCACCACUUUCGGUGUUGGAGAGCUGUCCGCCCUCAAUGCCAUUGCUGGCGCAUACUCUGAAUUUGUCCCGAUCGUUCAUAUUGUCGGCCAGCCUACCACCCAAUCGCAGAAAGAUGGAAUGCUGCUCCACCACACUCUUGGAAAUGGCGACUUCAACGUGUUCAACAAGAUGAGCUCGGCCAUCUCUUGCUACACUGCUCGACUCAAUGACCCCCAUGAUGCUGCAACGCAGAUUGACAGUGCCAUCCGUGAAUGCUGGAUCCGCAGUCGUCCGGUCUACGUGACUCUUCCUACUGACAUGAUUGUCGCCAAGGUCAAUGGUGAUCGCCUGAAGCAGCCGAUCGACCUAUCUCUGCCUGAGAAUGACCCAGAGAAGGAGGACUAUGUCGUUGAUGUGGUUUUGAAGUAUCUCCAUGCAGCCAAGAACCCUAUCAUCCUGGUUGAUGCCUGCGCAAUUCGACACCGUGCUCUGGACGAGGUUCGCGACUUGAUCAAGGCCACCAACCUGCCCACGUUCGUCACGCCGAUGGGCAAAGGUGCAGUGAAUGAGACAUACAAGAACUUUGGAGGUGUGUACGCCGGAAGCGGCUCACAGCCCAAUGUGAGCGAGGCUGUUGAGGCUUCAGAUCUCAUUCUCAGCAUUGGUGCAAUCAAGUCGGACUUCAACACGACAGGAUUCACCUAUCGUAUUGGACAGCUGAAUACCAUUGAUUUCCACAGCACCUAUGUACGCGUGCGGUAUUCAGAAUAUCCCAACACCAACAUGAAGGGCGUCUUGCGGAAGGUUGUCCAGAAGAUGGGCAAGGUCAAUGCUGUUGCUCCGCCUCCCCUCACAAAUCGUCUCCCUGAGAGCGAGAAGAACUCAAGCAGCCAGGUCAUCACCCACGACUGGCUGUGGCCGACCGUUGGUCAGUGGUUGGAGGAGAAGGAUAUUAUCAUCACCGAGACCGGUACCGCCAACUUUGGAAUCUGGGAUACCCGAUUCCCUGCAAAUGUAACUGCGAUCAGCCAGGUCCUCUGGGGCAGCAUUGGCUAUUCGCUCGGAUCAUGCCAGGGCGCCGCAUUAGCCGCGAAGGAGCAAAACAACCGCCGCACCAUCCUGUUCAUCGGAGAUGGUAGCACCCAAUUGACUGUCCAGGAACUUAGCACGAUUCUGCGGAACAAGCUGAGCCCUAUUGUGUUCGUGAUCUGCAACGAAGGCUACACUAUUGAACGCUACAUCCACGGAUGGGAUGCAGGCUACAACGACAUCCAGCCCUGGGACUUUUACAAUAUCCCCAAGGUAUUCGGUGGCCAGGACGGAUAUAAGGGUUACCGGGUGAAAACCCGGGAUGAACUGAACCAGUUAUUUGCUGACCAAGACUUCUGCAUCUCGGACAAGCUUCGCCUGGUUGAGCUGUACAUGCCCCGAGACGACGCCCCAUCCGCUUUGAAGUUGACCGCCAAGGCUGCAGCCAAGCGCAACGAAUAA